ACAGGGAGGCCUGGCGUGCUGCGAUUCAUGGGGUCACAAAGAGUUGGACACGAUUGAACUGAACUGAACUGAACUCAGUCUCUAGGAGCUCACAUAGAAAGUUAACCAGUCCAUCCUUGGAAGGCUUGUUGACACUUAGGAACAUUUGUGGAGUAAGCAGGGGUGCAGGCCCACAGAACAAAGACGGGUCUGAAUUUUCAUCUCAUAGUACUUGAACUUCUUAGUCUGUGGCAGAGGGCUGGAUCAGUGGUCAGGGCUGAGCCAUCCUGGUUGUAGACACCCAUGGAUGAGAUGGACUUCAGAGCCCAGGUAGGUACGUUGUUCCCUUGAAGCCUUGCUAAACUGUUCAUCUCUUGCAGGUUUCUUCCCUGCUUAGAUGCUCUGAUCAUAGUAGUUGGCAGCUUCGAGUGUAUUUAACAGUGAGUUGUCUAAUAUACAGUUAGAGUCUAAAGUACAAUAGAGCAAAGCAUGAAUAUGGAACCAUUAUGCUUCAGAGGGAGACUUUACCAAUCUCUGAAGACUAUUGCCUUCCAAAAAGGCAUUUCAAUUUCACAAAUUGAAAAACUGACUUAUAUACACUAUUGGUUAAAAUAUGCUAUAAUUACUAACCAAAAAGUAGAUAUUGUUUCUCUUAUAUCUGCAAAAUUCCAAAAAGAAGUUGGCCGAGUGCGGUCAGGCUUACAUGGAAGGGAUGUCCCUCCCUUUUAGUCCAGUGCUCUUUGUUGUUGUUCAGUCGCUCAGUUGUGUCCGACUCUGCGACCCCAUGGACUGCAGCACACCAGGCUUGCCUGUCCUUCACUGUCUCCCGGAGUUUGCUCCAAUUCAUGUCCGCUGAGUCUGUGUUGCCGUCCAGCUAUCUAAUCCUCUGUUGCCUCCUUCUCCUCCUGCCCUCAAUCUUUCCCAGAAUCAGUAAUUCACACGGAAAACAGUGCCAGGGCUGCUGUUUCAUCACCAGAGAAAGAGAACUAAGUAGUCACAACUUCAUGUGCCUGAUCAAAGAAGGAAGUACAGAAAUGUUCUUUCUGUGUUGCCUGAACUGCCAUUAUACUUUAAUAUAUGAAUGUGUAAAUGUAUUUUUCAAAUAUUUUGUUGGUUAUUUUUCUCCAGUUCCUGCAAGAUAAUGUGAAAGGUUCAAGAGUUUUCCUUUUGAGCCUUAUUUAUCCCUUACUCUCAAACAUCAAAGUUGAUAAAGGGAGAGAUUAUCCUGGGUGAUACAGGAGAAUCCUAUUUUAUUAAAUUUCAUGGAAUAUAGAGUUAGGUAUUCCAACUUUUUAAAAAUGGGGGGGUCUGGCUAUCGGCUAUAUUUCAAGAAUAAACACUGUAAUUUCUUAAUUUUCAUGAAGCAGUUGGUGAAUACUAUAAUUAAGCAGUAACAGGCUUGAGGGAAUGAGAGGAUUUUUGUGCAAAAAAAAGGAUACUUGAAAAAUGUAGCUAUUUCCAAAGUAGAUAUUUCCACCUGAAAAUAAAUACUGCUUUGCAUCCUACCUUUUCUGUAUUUCAGUUAUUUAUUUAGCAAAUAUUUUCAUUCCUGUUUUGGAAAGCAUAUACUUGGACACAGUAGGGGAUACAGAGAUGAACCAGAAUGAAACUUGCUCUUAAGGAGCUUAAUUCAUACGGAGAUCAUACCUACAAUUUAGUUUAAGAUAAUUUUUAAUGUAGUUUUUUUGGGGGGGGUUUAAAAUAGGCUUGAAAAAAGUAGUUUUGAGAAGGAUUCUAGAUGGUGACUAGGAUCAGUCAAAGGCUAUAGAUCGUUUUUGGAUUCAAACUGAUGGCUAAAUCAGUUCCACUUCUAGGACUGCUUGUGAGUGAAUACCUGUUUUAUCUCCACCUCAGUUUUUGAGAGCUGGAGAUGGGAAAGGACCACGGCCAUGAAUACAGAGAAGGAGAGUUGGACACAAGCUUGUUGGUGUCAGUGCUAGGUCAUUUUGGGUAGCAGGUUUGGAAAAGCCUUUUGACCCAGAAAUCACUAAGAGCUAUUCCAAAAUAGAAUGAUGUAAGGAAUGCACUCAACCAAGCUUGGCCUGAAAGUAGAAAGUGAGAAGAAAGUUAUGGACCAGUUGCAUUGAGGAAUGAAGAGCUGCUGUGUGUUUUCAUCAAUCUGAUUGACUUGCUCAGGGAGGCUGAAACAUCUGUCUCCAGAAAUGUCUUUGAAAAAUGAAGAGGAAAAUGACCUUUCACCCAAGGACUCAGUUAAAGGAAAUGACCAGUACAGAGCUCCAUCUGGGAUCCAUCUGGAGCGUGAAGAGGAAUCACGUAAUGACUUCUGGCAGUUUGAGCCCAGUAAUCUUUUUAGACACCCUAGGAUCCAUUUGGAGCCUCAAGAGAAAUCAGAUAAUAACUUCAAGAAGUUUGUUAUCAAAAAACUAGAGAAGAGUUGCCAGUGCAGUUCAACCAAAGCCAAAAAUACCAUUUUUGGUUUCCUUCCUGUUUUGCAGUGGCUCCCAAAAUAUGAUCUGAAGAAAAACAUUUUAGGAGAUGUGAUGUCUGGCUUGAUUGUGGGCAUCUUAUUGGUGCCCCAAUCCAUUGCUUAUUCUCUCUUGGCUGGCCAAGAACCUAUCUAUGGUCUGUACACAUCGUUUUUUGCCAGCCUCAUUUAUUUCAUUUUGGGUACCUCCCGUCACAUCUCUGUGGGCAUUUUUGGAAUACUGUGCCUUAUGAUUGGUGAAGUAGUUGACCGAGAACUAUACAUAGCUGGCUAUGACGCUGUCCAUGCUGCUUCAAAUGAGAGCUCAUUGGUAAACCAGAUGCCAGACAAGACAUGUGACAGAAGUUGCUAUGCAAUUAUAGUUGGCAGCACUGUAACCUUUGUGGCUGGAGUUUAUCAGGUAGCAAUGGGCUUCUUUCAAGUGGGCUUUGUUUCAGUCUACCUCUCCGAUGCCUUGCUGGGUGGAUUUGUCACUGGUGCCUCCUUCACUAUUCUUACAUCUCAAGUCAAGUAUCUCCUUGGACUCAGCCUUCCUCGGAGCGCUGGAGUGGGAUCACUCAUCACUACUUGGAUACAUGUCUUCAGAAACAUCCAUAAGACCAAUAUCUGUGAUCUCAUCACCAGCCUUUUGUGCCUUUUGGUUCUUUUGCCAACCAAAGAACUCAACGAGCGCUUCAAGUCCAAGCUUAAGGCACCGAUUCCUGUUGAACUUUUUGUUGUUGUGGCAGCCACAUUAGCCUCUCAUUUUGGAAAACUGAAUGAGAAAUAUGGCACCAGUAUUGCUGGGCAUAUUCCCACUGGGUUUAUGCCACCCGAAGCACCUGACUGGAACUUAAUUCCUAGAGUGGCUAUAGAUGCAAUAGCUAUUGCUAUCAUUGGGUUUGCUAUCACUGUAUCACUUUCUGAGAUGUUUGCCAAGAAACAUGGCUACACAGUCAAAGCUAAUCAGGAAAUGUACGCUAUCGGCUUUUGCAAUAUCAUCCCUUCCUUCUUCCACUGCUUCACUACUAGCGCAGCUCUUGCAAAGACACUGGUGAAGGAAUCCACAGGCUGUCAAACUCAGGUUUCUGGUGUGAUGACAGCUCUGGUUCUUCUGUUGGUCCUCUUGGUCAUAGCUCCUUUGUUCUUCUCCCUGCAGAAAAGUGUCCUUGGUGUGAUCACCAUUGUAAAUCUCCGGGGAGCCCUAUGUAAAUUUAAGGAUCUGCCCCAGAUGUGGAGGAUUAGCAGAAUGGACACAGUUAUCUGGUUUGUUACUAUGCUGUCCUCUGCACUGAUCAGUACUGAAAUAGGCCUGCUUACUGGGGUUUGUUUUUCUAUGUUUUGUGUCAUCCUCCGCACUCAGAAGCCAAAGGCUUCAUUGCUUGGCCUGGUGGAAGAUUCUGAAGUCUUUGAGUCCAUGUCUGCCUACAAGAACCUUCAGGCCAAGUCAGGCAUCAAGAUUUUCCGCUUUGUGGCCCCUCUCUACUACGUAAACAAAGAAUAUUUUAAGUCUGUCUUAUACAAAAAAACUCUCAACCCAGUCUUAGUAAAAGCAGCUCAGAGGAAGGCAGCAAAGAGAAAGAUCAAAAGGGAAACAGUAACACCCAGUGGAAUCCAGGAUGAAGUUUCAGUGCAACUUUCCCAUGAUCCCUUAGAGUUCCAUACAAUCGUGAUUGACUGUAGUGCAAUACAGUUUUUAGAUACAGCAGGGAUCCAUACACUGAAAGAAGUUCGCAGAGAUUAUGAAGCUAUUGGCAUCCAGGUUCUGCUGGCUCAAUGCAAUCCCUCUGUGAGGGACUCCCUGGCCCGGGGAGAGUACUGCAAAAAGGAUGAAGAAAACCUUCUCUUUUAUAGUGUAUAUGAAGCCAUGACUUUUGCAGAAGACUCUCAGAAUCAAAAAGAGACAUAUGUUCCCAAUGGUCCGAAUUUUUCCAGUGAUUGAUUGAGAAGGUAGAUGGAAGGAAGAAUCCCGUCUAGCCAAUAGGUUAAAAUUUCAAGUGUGUAGCAUUUUAUACUGUGGAACUGGAAAUUGCUGCACACAAGAAAUUUUAACCUUUUGGCUAGGCAGAAUUCUUCCUUUGAAGUUGAUGGCCUUUGUAAAUACAGAAAUGCGACAGAGCUUUUAGUUAGGCAGAAUCAAAAAAAGAAAAUGUGGUUUUAAGUUUUCUCUCAAAUAUGAGAUGUUCUUGGAAUUAAAUAUCUGUUGAACUGUAAAGUAGCCCCAAACCUAAUUACCAUCCUGUUUUAGAAGAUAUGCAUCUGAACUCUUGCUUCUCCAGGAGGUAAAGGGGUAAAGCUGGCAUGUACAUAAGAGGUGCUGGAGCCUGUUUGGCAUGGCUCUUUGGAGAGAGAGGAGAAAGGAAGUAGGGAAAGAAUGUAUGUCUUCUCUUGUAACAGCAAGUCAAGAGGCUUCUGGAGGGCAGGGUAGUAACUAGACAAGCUUGUUCUCACUUGAGCUUCUCUAUCCCCUGUCUUUGCUCUCCAGAUGGCAGUCAGAUCUCUGGCUUUUUACAGGAAAGUAUCGUUCCUCUCUGGCACAGUCUUACCAGGAGUCUGAUGGCAGAGCAGGUUUGGGAAACCCUACCAGUCAGUCCCACAUUAUACAGAACGCUCGUGGUGUGAUACAGUUGAUGUUUUUAGUCAGCCUUUUUGUUUAGGGUAAGUAGGUGAGAAAAGAGCUCUCCAUGCCAGUCAACAUAGUGAGAAUCCUCCCUGUCUCUUCUGUGAUUCCUGUCUGUCCUUGUUUCUGAGUAUUAAUCUGCCAUUAAGCUCUGUUUUAACUUUCAUGUACUGUGUUUCCCAUGGAAUCUGUUCUAAACUGCUAUGUCUGAUUGCCAGUGAGUGACAAGUUUGCCAGAGAAAAGGCACAGUGCUGACUUAGCAAUUUCAUGUAGCUUUUUAAGUGACCUUGAGGCAAACUGUUCCGGACAGAUUGCAAAAAAGGAAUGAUUGACAACUUCCCUUAAACAUUUUUAGUAGUGAAUUUUUCUUUCCUUCCCAUGUUUAGCAAGAGUAAGCUGGGAAUUGACAGUCUUUCUCAUAUUUGAGAAGCUACUAUUCAUUUUUAAUCUGUAAGAAAAAAUUUAUUGUGACCAAUGGAGAAAAAUGCACAGAAGUGACAGAAUGCUUCCAAAACACCAUCAAUAAUUGUAGAUGUUUUAGUGAAAACAAAACUAAUGCUUACUGCUACGCACCCUGUUGAUGUAUAAUAAAUACUGAUGACAGUGACCACUUUUCGCUUUUUGGGCCACCUAAAACUAUUGCGUAAAAGGAUUUAGAAGCAUCAUACUCAUACAACCUAGGUUCUGGGGAUGUACUAUUUAUCAUACCUGGUCACUAGUUGUGGUUCAGAAAUAUUUUCUUUGGAAAAGUAUGUCCAACAUUGAAAGCUUAUAGUUCUGUAUCUGGACCUUUAUGGGUGAGGGAAAAAACCAGAUUUUCCAAACUUUGGAUUAGGAGACUGAAACAUUUAGCACACCAUUUUAAACAAACAAGAUAAAAACUACGAAAGUUCAAAAUCAUUUUUAACCCAUUCCUACAUUCUAAACAGUAUGUUUAUGAGAAACAAACCCUAUGUAUAGCGCAUCUACUGAAGUGGGAGACUUUUAAACAUCUUUCUUCUUGGCUCCAUUAACUGCAAGUGUUGAUUUUCUUUUGAGAGAGCUCUGCCUAUCAGUUUACAUGAAAAAUGCCUUGCUAUGAUUAAAGCAGUUUCUCAGGAGCUAGAUUUCUCUCUUUGAGGUGAUUGACAUCACGAUUAAAUGUAAUAGUGUCCUUAGAGUUUUGACAUCCUUUUAGAACUUAAGUCUUGAAUUUCAGAAAUGUUAACUGCUGUUUGUAUUUGUGUCUCUUUUGUUUAUUGUUUGUAGCAAAUAUUUGCUCUGUCUCUCCAGUCUUAGAUGAAUAGGAAUAGUAAAAUCAAAGUAUCUUGGUUGUUAUUUGUUUUCAACCCGGUCUUGUACCUCACCCGAGCCAAGUUUUGAAUCCAGAUCAUGGUAAAUACCUAAUGCUAUGUGACAGAGUAAUGAGUACAUGUUCAAGAUGACUUUAUAAUUUAGCAAACCUUACCAUGGGGGAAUUAAAAAAAAGAGUCCAAAGAAUUUAGAAAAUCUCUUAAAAGAACAGAAUAACAGGCUUUGACCUUUACCUCCCAUUUCUGUCCAAAAUGUAGAUAUAAACAAUUCUGGAACUUUCUGCAAUUAGCAGAUUCUUGAAUUGUGUUCUGGUUUGCUUUUCUCCUACCUACCCGAACAAAUAAGACAUUCUGCUUUUGGAAGCCAUUUGUAAAAAUAUUGAAGAUACACUAGAAUUUAAAUCUUACCUUGUCUGCUUGGUUUGAAAUCUGCCUGUACUUUCAUGUUAAGAUUUUUUGAUUGCUGGUAUUUAAAGGAAUCAAGCCUGAAACCAAAGCCAAAGGAAUCUGCUUUCUUGCUCAAAGGUUUGGUUGAUUUAGUUGAUUAGGUGAUAUUUUACACACUUUAUUGACACAAAAUGUCUUGUUUACUCUGAACUUUAGAGUCUAACUGAGGCAUAUUUGUAUUGCUUAUUGAUGAAUGUACAAAAUUCUGAAUAUCUUAAAAUGGUCAUUUAAUUGAAAUAUAUGUACACUCUUGAUGGUUAAAACUCAUACAACCAGAGGGGUAGAGUUCACCUAGAGUCAAAGGGUAAUAUUCAAGAGAGAGGUGAAGGAAAUAGACUAUUAAAAAGAUGAUCUCUGACCAAGCAAGGGAGAAGAGGGCCUCAGAUGAAUAGGAUUCAACCCCUGGUUAGCUUCAUACAUGACUGUCCAUAAGUAGGGAGACCAGGAUUAAGAGCCACAGCUUAGUCUGAGAGCAGACUCAGAACUGGAUUCUGCUUCUAGAAGUGGAGUGCACAGAUUCACCAAAGUGAAAGAGCUGGUAGCCAAGGUUGAGGCUAAAGCCGGGGUCGACCUACUGCAGAGCUCUAGAUUGAGUGACUGUAGCCUCUGAUAGCAGUAAAACUGACAGAUGUCUAAUUGACUUUUUUAAGGAGCAAAGGAAAACAAAAUUUGGAUAAACUGACAUAGCUUUUAAACAUCAGUAGACACUGAAGCCAAAAUUUACUGGUAAAUUUAUAGCAUGGUAAAUGGUGAUCUUUAAAUGGUGUCAAAAUAUUAGAUGAGUUCAUUAGACUAUUCUAAUGCUCAUGACCACAUUUUAACAAGAAAAGUAAUCCUCUGCAGGGGUAUUCAGUUAGUAAUUUGUCACUUAAGAACACGUGGGGUGUUAGCCCUGAGCUUAAUAUAAAAGUGAGAAUAGGGUUGUAGUGAAUUUUGGGGGGACUUAAACCUAGAAGUUAUAAGGAUAAAUUCAAGCCUUGUGCUCCGUAUUCAUGUUCUUGUUUUCCUCUAUGUAUUCCUGUAGAUAAGCCAUAACAUCAGUGUAGACAGUACCUCAGAUACAUCCUGAGGACCUAUGCAGGAAUCUAGGGCCCUGGCCAGGUGCUGGGACUUAGAUACUAAAUCCAGUAGGUGGGCUAUAUGCUAACUCUUCUAGUAACACAUGGCAGCACUUGGAGGUGCUUUAUGGAGGGCCUAAGCUGAACCUGGACUGAUGUCUGAGUGGAAGGCAGGCAACUGAGGCAAACAAGGACACCCCUGUUCUGCUCAAGGAAUGAUUGCACAGUGACAAGGUAAGAAUCCAAUCGAUAGGAUUCAGACUUUAAUUUUUCUGUUCUUUGAUGUUUCUCUUUUUUUCCGCUACUGUUUUAUCUGUUCUAGUGAUGCCUUAUUUGAAACUGGGCUUUAAGAACUGCGAAAAGGAAGAAAUUAGAUCUAAAAAGCUUUUAGGCUAUGAACUAAUUAGGCUUUUUUUUUUUUCUUGUGGUAUAAAGAUUUUAGAAAUCAUGAAUGGAAUCAUUCAAGUGCUAAUAACAAGAAUGAAAAUUAUAAUGCAGUAGGCCAAAAUAAUAUACCAACUAGUUUAUUAUCAUAGCCUAUUAUCAUUAUUAAAGUAAAAUAGUUCUGAAACACUAUAUACAAUUUUAGGUUUUUUAAAAAGAUGUUAGUAACUUUAGAAAUGGAGAAUUUAAACAUAGAAGUGGGGGAAAUUUAUUUCUAUAAGGUAAUUUUUAUCUUGACAAGAACUAUUUUUUAAACAAGUGUUUUGCACCUGAAAUUUUAAAGUAAACAUGUUAAUACAGUUAGGAAAGUAAAAUAAGCAUUAUACCAAAUAGUAGACUUUUUCUGGUGUGUAUUUUUCUCUUAGUGAUGUAAAAUAGGAAGGAGAUACUGAAUUAUGAAAACUGGAAUAAUGAAGGACACUAGAUGGCUAUAUUGGAGCCACCACAUUUAUAAAUCUACAUUGGAACUUUGGGUAACCUUUCUUGGACUUGAAUUAUGACUCUGAAAUUGGCCAAAUAAUUGUAAUCUUAUUAAAAAUACCAAUGACAGAAUUUCUAACAAAGGGUUUUUACUAGGCAAACAGAAAGCAUCCUUAGGCAUAAAGGAUCUCUAACUGCAGUUUAAAGAAACUUAUUUUAGGGAAGUUUUCUUCCCACACCCCAAUCCCCAUCCCUAAAAAAUUAGUUGGAAUGAAACUGCUCUUGCGUUUUCAAUUCAAAUCAGUUGGGGAGUUACUGUUUGAGUUCUGAUGCUGCCAUGAUUCCUCAAAUUAGUGUGAACAAACCAAUCUAUAUAAAACGCUACCUUUUUUAGUCUCUUCAGUUUUGUAUACAAAUCAAGACAAUAUUAGGAUUAGAGCUGAAUGAACUUAAAUUCUCAGUCUUGUCUAUUCACUAAAAAAGUAUACGGCUUUUUUUUUUCCAGUUUAUUCAAGGCUAAUGACUUUUGAGAAUUUGUUUUAUACCAUGUAUGUAUAUCUGUUUAAAUUAAAACAAGUGCCCUGAUGCUACUCCACAUAAAUUAUGCUUAAUCCUCCAUGGAUUGAGGAUGAGUUGUUGAUGGAUUACAGCCUAUUUCAAGAGAGGGGGGAAUUGGUUAAUAGCAGCUCCUUUUCUUCUGGGAUCUGUUUGUGAUGUUAUUAAUAAGAUCUUGUAUGUGUUGAGAUCUAGAGGUGUCAUUUCAUUUGUCUUUUAAUAAAUUGUUAUGCUAAUAAAAUAUUACUGUGUAUACAUUA